AACAGAAUUGAGGUUAUACCCCACGACAUCCCGCGAAGAACGCGAAUCCCCAGUGUAAAAUAGCCCUUAUCUACGUAAUCAUGAGUGAAUGACAAAAAUCAUGAAAAACUGCCCGCAAGACUCUUUUCCUGACCUUGGGAUUUGUUUAACCACCAAACCUCAUACAGAGUAUGGCCCUGUCGCUUCAGGUCUUCGAAAUGGUGUCAAGCGUAUGUCGGUCGUAAUUUUCAAAGGGAAAAAUGGUCUUCCGAGGCCCUUCGACAGUAUAGUCCGUGAUGCCACAACCUACACUGACCACGCCAAGCGCACGACCAUCACGUGGCUAGACGUCGCCUAUGUCCUAGGCCUUCAAGAGAUAUGGUUGACGAUCUUUCGGUUUUCUCAACAAAAUCCCCAAUUGACCCCUCUUCAAUGUGGUUUGAGCUUCCAUAUACAGAAUAGCAGCAAGACAAAUUUUGUGUGAUUGUACCAUAUUCUUGUCAAUCGCUUAUCGCCAUGCAUCUAGUGGGCGUCGAUCUUAUUGGGUAAUGGGCUCGCGACAAUGUAACGAAAGGAAUACUUGGCUGCCCUUCCGAGCCAUGUAACCGGCUUCGCAACGAGGAGAACCCAGCAAUUCGGAAACAGGGAUUUGAUAGCCGGCGACUAUUAGAAGCUUGCUUCAGAAUGGACCUCGCCC